AUGGGGAAGAAAGAGCAGAAAGAUCAUUCAACAGUAGAGAGUGACGACAAAGUCGAAGCUGUUCUUCAUCUCCUUCGUAAACAUUCUCCUCUCACUCUUAAACAGGAGAAGUUCUGUAACAGAGCUUGUGUGGGUAGAUUCUUAAGAACAAAAGGAGAUAAUGUGAAAAAAGCAGCUAAACAGUUAAGGUCUUGCCUUUCAUGGAGAUCUUCUCUUGGCAUUGAGAGCUUGAUCGCCGACGAGUUCACGGCGGAGCUAGCUGAAGGUCUUGCCUACGUCGCCGGUCUUGACGACGAGUGUAGACCCGUUUUGGUUUUCCGUAUUAAACAAGAUUAUCAGAAGCUACAUACGCAGAAACAGUUGACUCGUUUGGUGGUAUUUACAUUGGAGGUGGCCAUCUCAACUAUGUCCAGGAACGUCGAACAAUUUGUCAUACUUUUCGAUGCUAGCUUCUUCAAAUCAGCACCAGCCUUCAUGAACAUACUUGUAACUACACUCAAAAUAGUUGCAGAAUAUUAUCCUUGUCGUCUUUUCAAAACCUUCGUCAUCGACCCUCCUUCACUUUUCUCUUACCUUUGGAAGGGUGUACGUGCAUUUAUGGAGUUAUCAACGGCCACGAUGAUUGUAUCAAUGAUAGAUUUCCAAGACUCGUUUGACUACGACGACUUUUCAUCCUCUUACCCAUCACGAGUCUCCUCUCUCCGAUUCGACACGUCAUCGAUAAAAUCAACGGACAAGAUCGGUUCUUGCGCAUCCUCUAGGUUCGCUUUCACCGUAUCACGCGACGGUCUCGACACGGUCAAACCAUGGUGCUUAACGUUGACCGACACGUCAUCAUCCAAAGUAGGACUCACCGGCGCGUACAUCUCACCGCUCAACGCGCGUUCGUUCUCUUUCGCGUCACCGGCGGCUAGAAGAGAGCCGAUUAGUGGGCCCAGGAGGAGCUUUUUCGCGUCCACUCCGAUGCCAGCUAGGACCAGUGACCGUCACUCUAUCGGAACCUUACGUGACCCGCGGUUACCUAGACCGUCGUUCUUUCAAUCACCGGCGGUGUUUUUCCGGCGAGAAUCACACGUCAGCAAAAGCGAGAAGCCGCGAGAAUCGUUCGUUAUGUUUCUCAAAUUUUAUCGUAGACCGUACGAUGAGAUGACUUAUAGGUCAAAGAUGCGGCCCCCACUAGGUGGUCUCGUAUCUAUUGUUUCUAAUCAGAUUAGACGUCGCCACGUGUCUUUAUCUCAACGGUUCUAA